UAACACGGGAUUUGUGGAAUGCCCUUUGCACCGAAAACGCAACAAUCAGUGACAGACAGUCAUCAGAAAAUGGCAAGCUCCGAUGAACCAAAGCUCCAACUGUUCCUCCAGUGGUUACAGGUUAAUGGAGCACAACUUCGAAGUUGCACCAUCAAGUCCAGCGAUUCAAGCAAAGGGUGUGGACUUUUUACUGCUAACGAUGCUCCUGAUGGAGUUCUAUUAGUCGUUCCACUAGAUUUAGCAAUUACUCCAAUGAGAGUGUUGCAAGAUCCUCUUUAUGGACCAGAGUGUAGAGCAAUGUAUGAAGAAGGUGAUGUAGAUGAUAGAUUUUUGAUGAUUUUAUUCCUCAUGGUUGAGCGGCUUCGAGAAAAUUCUUCAUGGAAACCGUACCUCGAUGUUCUUCCUACGACAUUUGGGAAUCCACUUUGGUUUACUGAUAAUGAAAUUUUGGAGCUGAAGGGUACCACACUUUAUCGAGCAACUGAGUUGCAGAAAAAAACAUUGCAGUCAUUAUAUGAAAAUAAAGUGAAGAAAUUGGUUAAUAGACUGUUGACUCUUGAUGGGCUUUCAGUAAGGGAGGUGUGCUUUGAAGAUUUCCUAUGGGCAAAUUCCAUAUUUUGGGCACGUGCUUUGAACAUUCCUCUUCCACAUGCUUAUGUGUUUCCUAAAAUUCAAGAAGAGACUGAAAGUGUCUCCUUGAUCAGAGAAACUAUUGAUUCUACCAUUUCCGAGGUGCAGUUGGCUUCCACUAAGGAUGAAGAUGGAUGUGAAGAUCACCGGAUGAUUGAUGGCACCGUUAGUGGAAAAACAUCUGGGUCAACAAAAGGAGAAACUGUCUGGGUGGAGGGUCUUGUUCCCGGAGUUGACUUUUGCAAUCAUGAUCUGAAGGCAAGAGCAACAUGGGAAGUUGAUGGAACAGGAUCCAUUACUGGAGUUCCUUUCUCAAUGUACCUUCUCUCUGUUGAUGCAAGGUCUUCGGGAAUAGAGGAAGUUUCAAUCAGCUAUGGUAACAAGGGGAAUGAGGAGCUCCUUUAUCUAUAUGGAUUUGUCAUUGAAAAUAAUCCAGAUGAUUAUCUCAUGGUACACUAUCCUUUAGAAGCAAUCCAGAAUGCUUCCUUUUCUGAACCGAAGAUGCAGCUCCUUGAAGUACAGAAGGCUGAAAUGAGAUGCCUUUUACCAAGAAAAUUGCUGGAUCAUGGAUUUUACCCACAAAACACUUCAAACGUGAAAGGAAAUGAUGUCUGCAGCAACAGAGCUUACAAUUACAGCUGGAGUGGUCAGCGCAAGAUACCUUCUUACUUGGACCAGCUGAUUUUCCCCAAGAAAUUUUUAACUGCCUUGAGAACUAUAUCUAUGCAGGAGGAUGAGCUUAUGCAAGUUUCAUCUUUGCUGACAGAGGUUGUUGGACCUGAUGAAGAUAGGCAACCCACUGACACUGAUGUCCAGGCAGCAGUCUGGGAGGCUUGUGGCGAUUCUGGAGCCUUGCAACUACUUGUAGAUCUUCUUCAAAAGAAGAUGAUGGAUCUCGAAGAGGGCACGGGAACUCUGGACAGCGACACUAAGCUGCUAAAAGAGGUCCAAGUGAUUGAAAGCACAAACAUAAAUGGCGCUUGUCUGGAAUCUGCAAGUCUCCUUCUCGGCUGCAGCGAAGGGUCAGAUGACGGAAGGCAACAAAAAUUGAUGAGCAGGAACCAGUGGUCUAGCAUUGUUUAUCGCCAAGGUCAGAAGCAGCUAACCAGUCUCUUUCUGAAGGAGGCAGAGCACGCUUUGCAAUUGUCAUUAAGUGAGGGAAACUGAACAUCUCUCUCUCUCUCAUCAAAACCAUUUUUUUUUCAUGAUCUAGCUUGUAGUAAUCUUAUACUUGUGAAAAAUAUUUGCAUGCAUUUUUUUUAAAAAGAGAAACUUCUCCAUAUUUAGUGGCCAUGUAAAGGUUUAGUCCGUCUUGCCCAUUGAUUUUCCUGUGUUGUUCCAUAUGAAACCUUCCAUGUCUACAUGUGCAGCAGAUGUAAUACUUAGAUCUUUCUUAAAUGUCAUUA